AUGUAUGUGAAAUGGUUUGAUACAGUAAUGUUUUACGAUGUGAUUUUAGAACAUUUAGUUGAAUGUCACUUUUUGACAUUUUUAAAUUUCCCGUCAGUUCCGUCCCCGUACGUCCUGAAGUCGCAGGGAACGGAACCCAGAAGACGGAUGUCGGCAUCGGCCGGAGGACAUUGCCGGGGACGCUGCAGGGGGGGACAUCGCGGGAGCGCAGGACAAGGUAAGUGCAGAAGGGAUCCCGGAGCAACGCUGCUGGUAACUCCCGAGUGUAGCUCGGGGUUACCGCUUGUGCUACACUCGGGAAUACCGCCAGGGAGGUUAAGGAAA